CUGUUGUCAUGGAGGAGGUGACACGCCUGGUGUCCACUGGAGACUGCGUGAAGAUCUGGGAUGCGGUUUCCAUGGCGCCGCUGGAGCAGUUCAAUCCUCACAGCAGCAGCCACCCGGUCGCUCAGGCCUGCUGGAGCUCCAACAACCAGUACCUGGUGAGCGCCAGCAGCAGCGGAGACAAACUGGUGGUUUCCAGUCUGAAGUCCAGUCCGGUCCCGGUGGUGGACCUGGCAGAGGGGAAAAAACAGACCCGAGUGUGUCUGAGCUCCUCGUCUCAGUUCCUGGUCAGCGGGGGUCUGGAUCACUGCGUCCACAUCUGGGACCUGAAGUCCAAGAGGCUGCACCGCUCCCUGAAGGACCACAAAGAAGAGGUGACCUGCGUGUCCUUCAACGCCAACGACAGCUGCGUGGUCUCGGGCUCCACCAGCGGGGACCUGGUCCUCCACAGUCUGACCACCAUCCUGUCCAGCAGAGCCUUUGGCCACGGCAGCAACCAGCCCAUCCAUGACUUGCGUCUGUCCACGGUGAAGCGCUCCCUGCUGGGCAGCGUGUCGGACAGCGGCACCGUGGUCCUGUGGGACUCCAACACCCAGAGGGAGCUGCAGGUGUUCGACAGCGCCCACAAGGCCCCGGGCUCCGGCCUGGCCUUCUCCCCGACCAGCGACCUGCUCGUCGUCAGCGUCGGCCUCGACAAGAAGAUCGUCUGCUACGACACGGCCAGCAAGAUAGUCCUGAGGACGAUCCGUGUGGAGAGUCCUCUCACCUGCGUGGACUUCAUGUUGGACGGUACCGGUCUGGUGGUCGGCUCCACUCAGGGGAAGAUCUACCAGUACGACCUGAGGAACACCAGCACCCCCACCAAGACCACCGUGGCCCACAAGACCUCCGUCACCUGCCUGCGUUUCCAGAGCAACACCAGCCGACACAAGUCCAGUAAACUGGGACCCACCAAAAUCUCAAGUUCAAAAAGAAUCAGUUCCAAACUGCCCAGCAGCCACUCUGACUCCGCCUCCAGCACUGGCCCCGCCCCACACCAGCAGGUGACCAGCACAGGAGGCGCCAGUGUUGAGGCUCAGGUCCAGCAGGGGGAGGAGCCUCUCCCUCCUGUGGAGAAGUUCAGCAGUGUGGGACGAAACAGUCUGGAUAUCUUCUCUCCGACUCGUGAAGGUCCAGACCCGGGGAACCAGGGUAAGACCGGAGAGACCCCGUUUGGGAGAACCAAUGUUUCAGGUUUGGACCUGAUGUCCAGGGAGGGGGAGGGACAGCACCUGGUUGGACGUGGAAGUCUGGACAUCUUCUCCCCGGUCCGAGAAGACUCAGGUCCAGGAUCCCAGUGGAGGACACCUCUGGGGGCGUCUGCAGGGCGGAGCUACAGCCACCUGUCCGUCUUCCAGUCCCCGCCUCCGAUCAGGGAGGAGGAGCCAAUCAGCGCUGAGCCUGAAAAGUCCGGUGGGUCCGGUCUGGAGGGCGAGGCUCAGACUCCGCCCAUCACAUCCCAACAAACCAAUCAGUAUCAGCCGGCCCCACCCUUCUUAACCCCCGAGCCCAGCCUCUGCAGAGCGAACGGCGUCCAGUCCCAGCUGAGCUACGACUCACCUGUCUUCACGACUCCGCCCCCCACCGCAGCAGCUUCAGGUCCAGCUGCGGCGGCGGCGGCCGUGUCCUCACUGUCCCAGAACAUCGCAGACGUGGUGGGACAGGGCGGAGCCACCCCACUGACGCCCCUGCAGACCCACUUCAUCCAGAACAUGAUCCACGAGACCCUGGAGGAGUUCAGAACCUCCUGUCACCUGGACAUCGUCAACCUGCAGGUGGAGAUGAUCCGACAGUUCUACAUCCAGCUGACGGAGAUCCACGGUCUGUUAGAGAAAUAUUCAGUCAACGAGUCUCUGGUGGAGGAGAUCAAGAAGCUGAGAGAGGAGAACCGACGCCUGCGAGCCGACUACUGAUGAGUUCUCUGAGCCCCGAGUCGAGUCUGUCAGGCACCUGUCGGAGGGCUCAGCCUCUGCUGCUUCACUACCUGUGGGGGGUGUGGUCAGACGGUUCACCUGCUGCAGGAAGUGUCACAACACACCUGCAGAUUAACUAAAGAUGUUUAUUUAAUGUGUUCAGUGUUGUUUACCAGUUUUAAUUUUGAUGUAAUAAAAAACAUUUUGUGAAAAUAAAAUAUUGUUUAAAUAGCAAAAAAAA